GCCACAGUGCUCCAGCUGAGAGCACGUGGUAGCAUUCUGCUUGUUCCAGGAGAGGCUUUUCCACUGAGUGAGAAAAAAGAAAAAUCCUGUGAACUACCUACCGGGAGACAGAGAGCUUUCCUGAACAUGCCAGCCCAGAGCUUUAGUACAGCUGGUGCCACCGUGCUUAUCCUUUUCUUAAAGGUGCAAACCUCUGUGCCAGCACCACUUAAUGGAUCGAAGUGGGCCUAUAUUGGUGAUCAUGGAGAGAAAGCCUGGCCAGAGUCCUUCCCUUCCUGUGGAGGAAUGUACCAGUCUCCCAUAGACUUUCACAGUGACAUCCUUCAAUAUGAUUCUACCCUCUCACCCUUAGUGUUAGAGGGUUAUAACAUGUCUUCCAUUGAACAGUUUAUUUUGACUAAUAAUGGACAUUCAGUGAAAUUAGGUCUGCCCCCAAAUAUGUACAUUAAAGGCCUAGGUCCCAGGUACACAGCUUCAGAACUUCACCUGCACUGGGGCAAUCAGAAUAAUCCCCAUGGCUCUGAGCACACAGUUGAUGGAAAGCAUUUUGCAGCUGAGUUACAUAUUGUCCAUUAUAACUCAGACAAAUACCCUGAUGUAUCCACGGCCAGGGACAAAUCAGAAGGACUAGCUGUUCUGGCUGUUCUUAUUGAGAUAGGUUCCUUCAGUCCUUCUUAUGACAAGAUCUUCAGUCACCUUCAAGAUGUUAAAUACAAAGAUCAGAAAGUUCAAAUCCCAGGUUUUAACAUCCAAGACCUUCUUCCUAAGAAUAUAGAGGAAUACUACCGCUACCAAGGUUCUCUGACCACUCCUCCUUGUUUCCCCAGUGUGCUCUGGACAGUUUUCCGAAACCCUGUCCAAAUCUCCCAGGACCAGCUGCUGGCUCUGGAGACAGCUCUGUACUGCACCCAUAUAGACGACCCUUCACCUCUGGAAAUGAUCAACAACUUCCGAAGAGUUCAAAAGUUUGAUGAAAGAAUCGUCCAUGUCUCCUUCCACCAAGAGCAAGACUUUUCCUACGCAGGACUGAGUAUGGGAGUCAUCCUGUCUGUGGCAAUAGCUGGCGUUUUAGGAGUCUCCAUCAUCCUUGCACUAUCAAUUUGGCUUCUUCGACGGAAGAAGAGCAGCAAGAAAGAAGAAAACAAAGGAGUUAUUUACAAACCUGCUGUCAAGAAGGAGGCUGACAUGAAUCCCUGAGAAUCCUAGCCCUCCUUUGAGGCUUUCAUCCAAGGGAAGAUCCUUUGCCUUGGACAGUUUGGGGCUGCUAGGCAUUUUCCAGAGUGGAUCAAUCAAACAUUCCUAUUGGUCUUGUUAUCUUGAUGUGACUUAAGUAGAGUCAGGUGUAAAAAGUCAUCCCCUUAAGUUUUCACUCUGAAGGAAGAAUUUUCCUAUCAGGAAGCACAAACGCUGAGACAUUUGGCAAAUCUAGGCAAGAUUUUGAAUGAAUCUGGAUUCUGGAGCCACACGCUCAGGCACACACUGGUGCCCAGGAGUGGGGAAGUCAACUAUUCCAGCUAGAUUAGCCCAACCACACUCUGCUAAAGAACCUCUGCAAUACCUUAAGGAUAACUGUAUAGGGUCACUAGACCAUGUAUCAGGGACUUACAUAUCAUGCUAUACUCUUGCCACCUACUUUUAAAA